AUGCGCGGCUGCCCGCGGCUCGCGCUGCUCUGCGCGCUGCCCUGGCUCCUGCGGGCGGCGGUGCUCGGGCAACCCGCGAAGCCCCCGGUGCAGCCCCUGGCGCCGCGCCGCGACCCCGGCGACCCUGCCAGGGGCGCCGAUUUUGAUCACGUCUACAGCGGGGUGGUGAGCCUCAGCACCGAGAACAUCUACUCCUUCAACUACACCAGCCAGCCAGGCCAGGUGACUGCCGUGAGGGUGUAUGUGAACAGUUCCUCUGAGAAUCUCAACUACCCAGUCCUUGUUGUGGUUCGCCAGCAGAAAGAGGUGCUGUCCUGGCAGGUCCCUCUGCUCUUCCAAGGACUAUACCAGAGGAGCUAUAACUACCAGGAAGUGAGCCGCACCUUAUGUCCCUCAGAAGCAACCAAUGAAACAGGACCUCUGGAGCAACUGAUAUUUGUAGAUGUAGCAUCCAUGGCACCACUGGGUGCCCAGUACAAGCUGCUGGUCACCAAGCUCAAGCACUUCCAGCUCCGGACAAAUGUUGCCUUUCACUUCACUGCCAGCCCCUCUCAACCUCAGUAUUUUCUGUACAAGUUUCCCAAAGAUGUGGACUCAGUUAUCAUUAAAGUGGUGUCUGAAAUGGCUUAUCCAUGUUCUGUUGUCUCAGUCCAGAAUAUCAUGUGCCCGGUGUAUGAUCUUGACCACAAUGUGGAAUUUAAUGGUGUCUAUCAGUCCAUGACCAAGAAAGCCGCCAUCACAUUACAGAAGAAGGAUUUUCCAGGAGAGCAGUUCUUCGUGGUGUUUGUGAUAAAGCCUGAAGAUUAUGCCUGUGGAGGAUCUUUCUUCAUCCAGGAAAAGGAGAACCAGACCUGGAAUCUACAACGAGCAAAGAACCUUAAAGUGACCAUUGUUCCUUCUAUUAAAGAAUCCGUUUAUGUGAAAUCCAGUCUCUUCAGUGUCUUCAUCUUCCUGUCCUUCUACGUGGGAUGUCUGCUCGUUGUGUUUGUUCAUUGUGUGAGGUUUCAGAGAAAAUCCAUCGAUGGAAGCUUUGGUUCCAAUGACGAUGAGUCAAGCUCCAGUCCUGGAAGGCAGAUGUCCUCCUCUGAUGGUGGGCUGCCAUGCCAGUCAGACACAGACAGCUCCGUGGAGGAGAGUGACUUCGACACCAUGCCAGACAUUGAGAGUGAUAAAAACAUCGUCCGGACCAAGGUGGUAAAUGUCACUGGCAACCAGGACAUCUGUUACUACAACUUCCUCUGUGCACACCCCCUGGGCGUCCUCAGUGCCUUCAACAACAUUCUCAGUAACCUGGGCCAUGUGCUUCUGGGCUUGCUUUUCCUGCUGAUAGUCUUGCGCCGGGACAUCCUCCAUCGAAGAGCCCUGGAAGCCAAGGACAUCUUUGCUAUGGAGUACGGGAUUCCCAAACACUUUGGUCUCUUCUAUGCUAUGGGCAUCGCAUUGAUGAUGGAAGGGGUGCUCAGUGCGUGUUACCAUGUCUGCCCUAAUUACUCCAACUUCCAAUUCGACACCUCCUUCAUGUACAUGAUCGCGGGCCUCUGCAUGCUGAAGCUCUACCAGACCCGCCACCCGGACAUCAAUGCCAGCGCCUACUCUGCCUACGCCUCCUUCGCUGUGGUCAUCAUGCUCACCGUCCUCGGAGUGGUGUUUGGAAAAAAUGACGUGUGGUUCUGGAUCAUCUUCUCUGCAAUCCACAUUCUGGCCUCUCUGGCCCUCAGCACCCAGAUCUACUACAUGGGUCGUUUCAAGAUAGAUGUGUCUGACCCAGAUUUGGGAAUUUUCCGGCGGGCGGCUAUGGUGUUCUACACGGACUGUGUCCAGCAGUGUAGCCGGCCUCUGUACAUGGAUAGAAUGGUGUUACUCAUUAUGGGGAAUCUGGUUAACUGGUCCUUCGCCCUCUUCGGAUUGAUAUACCGCCCCAGGGACUUUGCUUCCUACAUGCUGGGCAUCUUCAUCUGCAACCUGCUGCUGUACCUGGCCUUUUACAUCAUCAUGAAGCUUCGCAGCUCAGAGAAGGUCCUCCCGGUCCCGCUCUUCUGCAUCGUGGCCACCGCUGUGGUGUGGGCUGCCGCCCUGUAUUUUUUCUUCCAGAAUCUCAGCAGCUGGGAGGGAACCCCAGCCGAAUCCCGGGAGAGGAAUCGCGAGUGUGUCCUGCUGGAGUUCUUCGAUGACCAUGACAUCUGGCACUUCCUCUCUGCUACUGCCCUGUUUUUCUCGUUCCUGGUUUUGUUAACUUUGGACGAUGACCUGGAUGUGGUUCGGAGAGACCAGAUCCCUGUCUUCUGA